GCGCGCCCUUAACGAAAGGGUAGUUACUGGGUAUGGCAUCAGCUGUUAGGAAUGGUAACACUGUAGGAAGGCCUAGUAUCGGUGGUGGCGAGACGAUAGCUGAAGUGGAAAAAAAUUUACAAGAUGAACUGUCUCAGGUUGAAGAUGAAAUUCGUCUUCUUCAAGAAACCCUUGCCGCGAAAAUUCGUCGAUGUAAUGAAAUAAAGAAGACUCUUGGCUAUACUUCUCUUUCAACAUUACAAUAUGAUCUCAUAGAAAGCAUUCAUAAAUUAGAAGACACUAAGACAUAUAUUAAAGCUAGUGAACUGUUAAACAAAGCAAAGGAUAAAACAGUGAAUAUAGCCCAAGAUACUAAAGAGAAAGUCGGGUCAACUAUUUCUGCAAUCCGUAAUUCAGAUGUUGUCAAGUCAUUAAACGAUAAAGUUGGUUCAGCUUUCUCAACAGUCAAGAUCAUUUGUUUGGAUAAGUUAACUUAUAAUCCAGUUGUUGCAUGGAUUCCAUCUAAAAAUACGAUUCGUGUGCGUCGGUUGUAUUAA